AUGCUGAAGAUAAGAGUUGGGGAUGGGUAUAGCAUAUACUUCUGGUCUGAUAAAUGGCACAUGAACACCCAACUGAAGGUUGAGUUCCCUAGGCUUUACAACCUAUCAGGGGAUAAGGACGGCACUCUGAAGGACUGUGUUCAAAGAAGACAGAGCACAGGGGUUUGGGUUUUUUCUUUUGGAAGGCCUCUUUUAGCAUGGGAAGAGGAAGAAGUUGAUAGGUUACAAGGUUGGUUGGGUUGUGGCCCAAGAAUCAGGCUGAAUUGCCCUGAUGCUCUACAUUGGGAUGCAGAUCCAUCUGGUCUGAAUUUGAUCGUUGGUCGAAACCCCGAGAAACUCAAGGAGGUUUCGGAGUCGAUCGAAGCCAAAUUCGGGAAAACCCAGAUCAAGACUGUGGUUGUUGAUUUCUCUGGAGAUUUGAACGAAGGGGUUGAUCGGAUACGUGAAACCAUUGAAGGUCUGGAUGUUGGAGUUCUGAUCAAUAAUGUUGGAGUUUCGUAUCCUUAUGCGAGGUUUUUCCAUGAGGUGGACGAGCAAUUGUUGGCUAAUUUGAUUAAAAUCAAUGUUGAAGGGACUACCAAGGUUACACAAGCGGUUUUGCCUGGGAUGAUUAAGAGGAAGAGAGAUGCGAUUGUUAAUAUUGGUUCUGGUGCUGCCAUUGUUAUCCCUUCUGAUCCAGUUUGUGCUGUAUACCUCGCUUCUCUGUGCCUUUGA